CGGCUGCGGCAUGACUUCGAUCCUCAGCCCUCUGGUUAGAGUGAGGCGCGGUUGUUUUCGACUGUUGGUGUCCGCAGACGCUCGUCAGGGGCAACGAAUCAUGGCAGCCAGCGUCAUGUGCAACGCGAGGCUUGAGCAAGAUCUGCUGCUGUUGCCCUUCGAAAUGUGUCCUCGCUGCGUGCUGACGAGCGCUUGUGGAGAGGGCAAAGCACAGAAUAAGUGGCCCAUGGCCCUACCGCCACACACUGCGCGAGUCCGCCUGGCCGUCUGGCGCAUGGUCUGCUGCACUGUGGUGCUCUGGUGCCUCGAACCUGCUGCAAUUCGAGCAUCGAACCCCAGACUGCGCUGGGCGCCCGUCUGCGUGCCGGCCAUGGCAUGCAUCGCUGAUGGACUGCAGGCGGCCUCCUUUGGAUCCUUUUUUCCCAGGAUUCAGAUCUCCGUCCUCGAGGCCUUCAUUGGACCUAGGAGGACUUUUCCACUCACCCACAGCAUGUACCCGUCGCCUCCCGCAUCUCCUACCCAAAAUGGAUUUUGCGCGCCGGAAGAUCGACUAGGUCAAGUUCUCGCUGGUAGGCUUCAACUCACCAGUAUCCUUGGAGUCGGAGCUUAUGGAGUUGUCUACACUGCCGUGGAUAUUCAGACCAACAUUCCCUAUGCUGUAAAAGCGCUUAACAAAAUCGGUCUUGAGCCUCGCCAGCGCAAGUUCCAGCAGCGUGAGAUCCAGCUCCACCACCAGGCCAGCGCGCACCCCAACGUUGUCUCUUUAGUCAAGAUCAUGGACGCUCCUGACUGCACAUACGUUGUCAUCGAGUACUGCCCAGAAGGUGACUUGUUCUCCAACAUCACUGAGCAGGGCAAGUUUGUUGGCAACGAUGACUGGGCCAAGCGUGCUUUCCUCCAAAUCUUGGAUGCUGUUGAAUACUGCCACUCCAUUGGAAUCUACCACAGGGAUCUCAAGCCAGAGAACGUUCUGGUUACCGACCAGGGCAUGACUUGUAAACUCGCUGAUUUUGGACUGGCCACUACUGAUCACGUUACCUCUGAUUUUGGAUGCGGCUCCACCUUCUACAUGUCUCCUGAAUGUCAAACAGCAGCGCCUAAGGCUUACUCUUGCUACGCCUCGGCACCCAACGACAUCUGGAGCCUUGGAGUAAUCCUUGUCAACCUCACUUGCGGACGCAAUCCCUGGAAGCGAGCUUCUUCUGACGACAGCACUUUCCGCGCUUUCAUGAAGGAUCCCAAGUUCCUGAGGACCAUCCUUCCCAUUUCGUUGGAGCUUGACACCAUACUUAGGCGCAUCUUCGACUUCAACCCUGCUAAGAGGGCUACCAUUCCCGAGAUUAGGCAGAUGAUUCUCAACUGCUCGGCCUUCACGGCCACCAAGUCUGCAGUUUCUACUCCCCUGCCCUCUCCGCCACUCAGCCCAUACUACGACUGCUACCAGGCUCCUGCUGUACCUUCCAUGGCCCCUCUGCCAGGUGCCGUGUACGCCCCGGCUUUCUAUCCUCAGCACUCUAUCUCUUCUGGUAGCUCGAAUUCGGACAACGACUCUGUAUUCUCUGCAUGCUCAUCGGCGUCGUCCUCGUCGUCCACCUCUUCCUACCAAAACGUUUACAUCGCGCCCCAGAAGUUCCCUUCCCGCGUUCCUCAGCAACAAUACGUUUCUUCUCCCGCUCCUACCAACACUUGGUUCCAGCCUUUCAUCCAUGCUGCCAACUUGGUCAAGCAUGUGUCUUUCCAGCCUUCCAUAAUGGCUGCACCGGUCCAUAUCCACUAG